UUUUCUUUUAUAUUUUUAGAUUGAAAAUAUGAUAAAAAUUCACAAGAAGACGGCCGAGGAACAGUUACUUCGAAAAUUUAACGACGCUGAUAAUUCCAUGAUAGAUAAACUUCACAUGAUGUUGGGUGAAGUGGCUGAAAUAGAUAGGAUCAAAGAGGCACUUCAGCUCAACAUGCAAGGUGUUGAAUUAAGUGAUAACUUCCUGGACAACAGUGUGACAGACUACUACAGAGGUACCCGCACCAUGAUGUAUGCUGUCUACUACAAGCAACCAAGUCACCCUCAAGUAAUGUGGAGUCACUUUCUUCUGCCUCAUGAUGUUCACGGAGUCACUUCCUAUGCACUUAACAAGUUCUGUAAGUAUUAAGUAACAUUUAUAAGU